GCCCGCGCUCAGUCCCUGCGAGCUGGGGGUCCCUUCGCGAAGCCCCCUCUCCCUUCACCUGUCCCCGUCGCCCCCUCCGCUUCGGGAGGGGGGAUCCCGGGAGCGCCUCCGUGGCUCCAGGGAGGGGACGUUUCCUAAUCUCAGGCCGGGGUUAAAGUUCUGGUCCUGGUGAGAUGCUGGAAGCUGCUGCCACAGCCGCAGCCCGUCCCGGAGGUGUCCUGUCGCCUGUCGCCGCCGCCGCCCCCACCGCUGCUACUGCUGCUGCCACCGCUGCCCGGCCGGGGCCAUGUUCGCUCUGGGCUUGCGCUUCUUGGUGCUCUUGGUGGCUUCGGUCGAGAGCCUUCUGGGGCCCAAGAACGUCUCGCAGAAAGACGCCGAGUUUGAGUACCCUUACGUGGAUGAAGUCAACAGCGAGCUGGUCAACAUCUACACCUUCAACCACACAGUGACCCGCAACCGGACGGAAGGCGUGCGAGUGUCUGUGAAUGUCCUGAACAAGCAGAAGGGGGCGCCUUUGCUGUUCGUGGUCCGCCAGAAGGAGGCUGUGGUGUCCUUCCAGGUGCCCCUAAUCCUGCGAGGGCUGUAUCAACGCAAGUACCUCUACCAAAAGGUUGAACGAACGCUAUGUCAGCCCCCCACCAAGAAUGAAUCUGAGGUCCAGUUUUUUUACGUGGAUGUGUCCACCCUGUCACCAGUCAAUACCACGUACCAGCUCCGAGUCAACCGAGUGGACAACUUUGUGCUCAGGACUGGAGAGCAGUUUACCUUCAAUACCACUGCAGCCCAGCCCCAGUACUUCAAGUAUGAGUUUCCAGAUGGAGUGGACUCUGUGAUUGUCAAGGUGACCUCCCACAAAGCCUUCCCCUGUUCUGUUAUCUCCAUCCAGGAUGUCCUGUGUCCUGUCUAUGACUUAGACAACAAUGUAGCCUUCAUUGGCAUGUACCAGACUAUGACCAAGAAGGCAGCCAUCACUGUGCAGCGCAAAGACUUCCCCAGCAACAGCUUUUAUGUGGUGGUGGUGGUGAAGACUGAGGACCAGGCCUGUGGGGGUUCCUUGCCCUUUUACCCCUUUGUAGAAGAUGAACCAGUUGAUCAAGGGCACCGUCAGAAAACCCUGUCAGUGCUGGUAUCUCAAGCUGUCACAUCUGAGGCCUACGUUGGUGGGAUGCUCUUUUGCCUGGGCAUAUUUCUCUCCUUCUACCUGCUGACUGUGCUCCUGGCCUGUUGGGAGAAUUGGAGGCAGAGGAAGAAGACCCUGCUGGUGGCCAUAGACCGAGCCUGUCCAGAAAGUGCAUCUCUCCUUGGUCACCCUCGCGGCCUGGCUGAUUCUGCUCCUGGAAUUGCUCCUUAUGAGAGCUACAACUAUGGCUCCUUCGAGAAUGGCUCCGGAUCCACCGAUGGGUUGGUUGACAGUGCAGGUUCAGGGGACCUCUCUUAUGGUUACCAGGGGCACGACCAGUUCAAGCGGCGCCUCCCCUCUGGCCAGAUGCGGCAGCUGUGCAUUGCCAUGGAACGCUCCUUUGACCCAGUGGGUACCCGGCCAAGACUGGACUCCAUGAGCUCCGUGGAGGAGGACGACUAUGACACAUUGACUGACAUCGAUUCAGACAAGAAUGUCAUCCGCACCAAGCAAUACCUCUGUGUGGCUGACCUGGCACGGAAGGACAAGCGUGUUCUGCGGAAAAAGUAUCAGAUCUACUUCUGGAACAUCGCCACCAUUGCUGUGUUCUACGCUCUUCCUGUGGUGCAACUGGUGAUCACUUACCAGACGGUGGUGAAUGUCACAGGGAAUCAGGACAUCUGCUACUACAACUUCCUCUGUGCCCACCCACUAGGCAACCUCAGCGCCUUCAACAACAUCCUUAGCAACCUGGGGUAUGUCCUGCUGGGUCUGCUCUUCCUGCUCAUCAUACUACAGCGUGAGAUCAACCAUAACCGGGCCCUGCUGCGCAAUGACCUCUAUGCCCUGGAAUGUGGGAUCCCCAAACAUUUUGGUCUGUUCUAUGCCAUGGGCACAGCGCUGAUGAUGGAGGGGCUGCUCAGUGCCUGCUAUCAUGUCUGCCCCAACUAUACCAACUUCCAGUUUGACACCUCAUUCAUGUACAUGAUCGCUGGACUCUGCAUGUUAAAGCUCUACCAGAAGCGGCACCCAGACAUCAACGCCAGUGCCUACAGCGCCUAUGCCUGCUUAGCCAUCGUCAUCUUCUUCUCUGUGCUGGGCGUGGUCUUCGGCAAAGGGAACACAGCCUUCUGGAUUGUCUUCUCGGUCAUCCACAUCAUUUCCACCCUGCUCCUCAGCACGCAGCUCUACUACAUGGGCCGCUGGAAGCUGGACUCAGGGAUCUUCCGCCGCCUCCUCCACGUGGUCUACACAGACUGUAUCCGGCAGUGCAGCGGGCCCCUCUACGUGGACCGCAUGGUGCUUCUGGUCAUGGGCAACAUUAUCAACUGGUCGCUGGCUGCCUAUGGACUCAUCAUGCGCCCCAAUGAUUUCGCCUCCUACCUGCUGGCUAUUGGCAUCUGCAACCUGUUGCUGUACUUUGCCUUUUACAUCAUUAUGAAGCUCCGCAGCGGUGAGAGGAUCAAGCUCAUCCCCCUGCUCUGUAUCGUCUGCACCUCUGUGGUUUGGGGCUUUGCGCUCUUCUUCUUCUUCCAGGGACUCAGCACUUGGCAGAAAACCCCCGCGGAGUCGAGGGAACACAACCGGGACUGCAUCCUCCUCGACUUCUUUGACGACCACGACAUCUGGCACUUUCUGUCCUCCAUCGCCAUGUUCGGGUCCUUUCUGGUGUUGCUGACAUUGGACGAUGACUUGGAUACAGUACAGCGAGACAAGAUCUAUGUCUUCUAGCAGAAGUUGGAACCCACACUUCAUAGGGCACUGAGCUCCUCUUUGUCACCUGGAAGGUGCCACCGUAGCACCAAGGGUGUGACUCCCAGCCCUGCUUCCCAGUACUGGAUGGCAGUGGGGCAGUUAGGCCCAACCCAGGCCUGGCUCAGAACAUUCACUCUGCCGGGGAAAAGGUCUAAUCCCCAGACAUUGGCCAAAUUGCUGCUUUCUUCUCAGUGUUGGGUCCUUGCAUGGACCUCCAUCCACAUCCGUCUGUCCGUCCAUCAGCUCUCCGUUUGUCCUUCUGCAAGAGGGAAGAGGGAGGGCAAUGCCUUCCCCAUUUCAUGCCUUGCAUUCUACCUGUCCUUCCCUCAGCCUGGAACUCAAGGCUCUUUCUUCCUCCUACAAUGUGCUUUCAAGGCUCUAGCCCAGUGCCUCAUUCUUUCUUCAGAACUAGGACCCCAGUUCUGUUUGGGGUACCUAGAUGUCGUCAUUGCCCACACUGGUUAGCCAAGGUGGAUGUGGGUAUGAGACUUUGGGGGCUGGUCAGCUGGUGCCAGGCUUUUGGUGCUAAGGCCUGCAAGGGGCCCAUAAUAGGACCCUAUGAUCUGUGCUUGGGACUGGCUCUAUAUCAGUGGGGGUCAACCCAGUUUCAGAGUCACUGCUGAUCUGAGGGGCUGAAUUCUGAAGUCACCUCCUCAUCCCAGCAGCCCCAGACUGAUGCCAGCACUAGGGUUGGUGAGAAAUGUAUAACUCACCUGUUCCCUUCCUUACCCUCGGUCCUGCCAAGCCCCACCUGGGGGCCUUCAGUGCCAUUGACACUGCCCAAGAAUGUCCACAGGCAAGGGAGGGAUGGUGCUCAGUGCCCAGCCCCUCCUGCCUCCUCCGCAGGAGUGGGAAGCCCCAGUGCCUGAUUUAGAAAGGGGCUUAAGGAAGGGAAGUGCCAAUUCCCUGUGUGUUACUGGUCCAGCCUCACUCUGGAUCCCAGGGUUGGCUUUUGAGUUUCCGUCCUGUCUUCAGCCAAAUUCUGUGUUAGUCUCUCUCACACACAGGUACUUUGGUGUUUACAUGGAGUUGCCCCAGCUCUGGAUUCCUGGCCACUCUGGUCCUUGGCUCCCCUUCACCCCACCAAGUCCAUUCCAGAUGCCAAGGAUGGAAGCCCAAAUGUGUCUCAUUCUCAACUUACAAAUCUCCUGGGCUGGGGAAAAGAGGUGGGCCUGGGUCUGUGUCUCAGAGCUCCACUUUACAUCUUUCCACGCCAUGAUUGUGACUGUUUUCUAUGAAUGAGUGUGUUCAAUAAAGACUACCAGAUACGGA